CGGAGAAAAAUGUGGGACCAACGAAAACACAUGCCCAACUUUGUCCUGAGGGCGAAAUCAUGAAAGUUGCAUGAACUCGUUGCUUACGAGCAUUUCUCCCUAUCUAAUGGUCCUCCGUCCCGGAAAGUGUAUAUUUUGUCUCUCAAACGAGAAGGAUCGGAAAUUGUUGCGGAAUUGCUGAGAAGAUUCUCAUCCUCCUGCUGCAAUGGACCUCCGUGUACUGGUUCUAAUGUUCUUGCUCUGCCUGCAGAUUAGGGCCGAGAGCAGGACUGGUUCGAUCUUAUUCCUCGAUAGCCCUGGUCAUCAGUUUCUUCGUUCUCGUUCAACAGAUGUCGCCUAUGAGACCGACUCGAUGUUUCUCUCUGAUGUUGCUGCUGCCGUGGCAGUUUUGCUUGGUUUUGCACCACCUGCUUCUCUUUCAGCAGAUAGUUCAUACAAGUUGAAUGAGGUUCUGCUGCCUAACCCAUUUGAUAGGCCUCAUGCCGUAUUGAUGCUGGAAGUCAAAGGAAUAGAAGAUCCACAGCUACUGGUUGACCAACUAGGCAAGGGCCACAUUGGUGGUGCUUUUAAGAGCAAGGUUCUUCUUGAUUCAAGUAAAGCUGAUAUCCAACUUCAAGAUGAAGAUGGCAUCUCUGUGGUCUACCUAGAUGAACCCUUAGGCUUUGACUGUGAUGUUGAUUGUACUCACAAAGAACUCCAUGAUCUUGCAUCCUGGUUGGGUGGAUCAUAUGUUUCUAGUGCCUUAGGAACAUUCAAUGGGGAGCUGAGUGUCCCUUUGAUCAGUGGUUCUUCUAUGAAACUGCAUAUGUCAAAGAAUGCAGAUAGGGAGUUUGUCAUGAGUCUUCUUUCAAUGAUGCACAAUAUAAGACGGGCAAUGGAAAUGCAUGAAGAUUCCUCUGGUAGUAUGCAAAGUCCGGCAGAAUUAAUCAUAGGCUGUUUCACUGGCAUUAAGGUUUUGCAAGAACAAUAUGGACCUGAUGACAUUACUCAGCAAGGAUUGGAGCUGUUUAUGACCACUCUAAGCAAGAUAGUUGAUUCGUUAUGGACAGCAUACAAAGGUGAAAUUGUUGGAGUGUUCACCUUUUCUGGAGACCUUUACCAAGAGUCUUCCUCAAUGGUGAAUGUGAAGUUUACUUCUCAGCCUUCUUUUCGGAGGAUGGAGGAGGUGGCAGGCUCAACUAAUUCGACAACUACUGCAGAAGUUCUGUUGGUUAGAUGGAGCCUUGCUUGGAUAACAGGAAUCAUUCUCCUCAUAUCUACUCUGCUUGGGAUCCACUUUCUUCUCAAUAUGCCUCUCACAAGGGACACCCUCCUGUAUUCUAAUGUAAAGCUUGACUGAAUUUGAAGGGAGAAUUUUACUGACUUGUCCAGUCGUGACAAGAAACUCCGCACAUAUUUGGAGUGCUAGGUACUUGCAAUCCGUGGAUCACGUGCUUUUUUUUGGGUAUGAUUAUCUUCAAAGAGAAGUACAGUAUUUUGUUUCCGUUACAUGGAGUUCCUUGGUUCACUACACUAACUGGUUUGAUGGUUAGUGCUUUGGGAAGUUGUAGCCUUGUAGGUGGACCAAAGAAGAAUGAUUUAAUACAUGUAGUAUCAAUUCCUAGUAGUAUUACAGGUUAUUUCAUUCAUUUCAUAAUAAUGUGCGGAAUUGGACACUGGAAAAACUGUAUCAGCAAAGCUAGGGUUGUAAUGAUCUAAAAAUAUGCGCGUUUCAUAUGGAUAACAUCAGAAUAAAAGAAAAGUUGCCCAUUGACCAA